AUGGCCCUCAGCUAUUCCAACAUAGUGGGGUAUGGGUCUCACUUACUGCUGAAACGUGUCAACUUGCCGUUAAAAUAUAUGAAAGAACAGCAAUCAGUUGAUUCGGUUGAGUCAUUCAAAAGUAAGGUAUUUGGCUUUGGUGGGUUUAUUGACCUUUCUUCUCAGAAGGGCCAUUUCUUCUCUUCUCUCCAGUAUGGGGUUGAUAAUGACAUGAAAGUACUUCAUCUCACACCAAUUUUGACAGAUGAGGUAACGUCGCUAAGUGUGCAAUUCCAAAGCAUCGAAAUUCAUCUACCACACCCUAUCAUUGCCAAGGGAAUGUGCGAGAUUCUCUUUGUGGCGCUGACAUCGGAUAAGGAGCCAUAUAUUGUAAUUGAUUUGAUUGAUGAGAGCUAUUUAUUGAUCACCUUGAAAAUUGAGCUCUCAGACUUCCUUGUUGGCAACUUGACCAACAGAUUAGUCUUGGAUAGUUUCAACGAUUGGGUGAACAUCUCGGUCCCAUACUCAUUUGAAUUACGUUCAUCUCCAUUCUUUAUGAAAUCUCUUGAUGAGAAAAACCUCAUCAUAUCUAUGAAGGACGGUGGAUUGCUUCACUUUUCAAGGAUUUCCGCUUUGUCUGCAGUGGAUAUAUUUAACUUCGCAGAAUCAUCCGCUUUCCUAUCUUUGAGUCUUAGUGGUAUUCUUGGAUUAAACAAAAGUGACAUUGUUGUUGAUGGAAUAUCAUGUAAUGCAGUUGUUGACAUCGCGAGAAUCAGUAACAAUGAAUUUGCAACAUUGAGUGUGAGCAAAGGAUUGAAGGUUUGGAACAUCGAAAGCCACAAGCAAGUGCAGAAUACUACAGAAUUAGAAGGGCCAGACCAAAACUUUUCAUGGUUGACUUCGAUUCCUUCGAGAUACAUGCAAGUUCACAAUAUAGACUCGGCAAGAUAUUUGUCCGUCGUUUACACGGUGGAAAAUGAAGUCGAAACUUCCAGUGGCUAUGUUUUCAAAUCAUUCAAGAUCACGGACAGUUAUAUCUCAGCUUCGGCAAAUCUCACUUUCAGUCCAGAUAAACCACCCAGUACCUUGAACGGAGGAGUAAAUGCGUUCAAGAUUCAAGAUUUUCAUAUUCAAGAAGCAGAGGAUCGCUCGGUUGUAAAGUACUUUGUUCUCUGGAAAUCAGGCUCUUACAGCAUUCUAAUGCGUUAUAACUUCAAUACCGUUACUUCGGUCGUCACGGGGGUCUUUCCUUCGAUUUCUCAACCAAUCUCGCUCUCGGAAGAGCUUAAUUUGCGCCGUGGGGACUCAUACUUUGAGAACCUUAUCUUCAAUUCCGGGUCUUUCGAUGAUAGCAUUGUGAAGACUGCAUUGACCAUCUUCAAAAGCAAAUCAGGUCAAAAUUGCAGUGGUCUAGGUGACCCUUCACUACGUCAGGAGGUGCGUCGAACAAUAAAUCAUACAAGCAAUAUGAUAGGAGUAUCCACCGCUUCGUUAUGGUAUAAACUCUUCCUCAUUUGUGAAGAGUUUCGAAAGAUUAGCAGGGAAUCACUUGCUCUUCAAGUCACUCCGACGUACGUCUUAACGUGCGAAGUCAAUGGUGUUGGAGUAUACCGUGAGGCUCACCUUUAUGAGGAAUUUGGACAAACUACGGAAGCAGAUGAAUUUGCAUCAUUUCUUACUUCCUUGUCUUCCGCACUCUCAUCUAAUACUAAGAAGAAGUUGAUGGACGAAAUAAGGGGUAUUGAUAAGGUUGAUUCUCAAGUUGCUACUAGACUAGCGUCAUGUUACCUUAGCUCAAAAAUUCCUGAGGACGAAGUUGCCAAAAUUAUGGAUGAAAUGGGUGAGAUACCGGAUGCAGUGGACACAAUCAACAGAUUGAUUGGUAGAGGCUUUAAUGAAGAAGUAAUUCUCGAUGAGAUGUCUGGCGUCAGAUCGGGGGAAGGAUUCGGCCUUUUCUCAAUCUUAAUCACUGCCAGUAUUUUCAAAAGCAUUAAGUCGAGUCACGAGACCAUUCUACUCAAUCUUUUCAUUUUGUUGUUGUUGUGUGAACCAAAUGAUUCCAUUCUAACCUUCCUUGACGCAAUUGUUCAAAAGUUUUCAAGAUAUGCAUUAUUUGAUGUAAUUUUUGAUGUUUGCUUCAAGAGCUUGAGCUCCAGAAGUGGUAUUGAGCAAGAUGGAGUGAGCUCGCCAGAAAAUUCAAUAUUCUGGGCAGCUGUGGUCAAUAAGUAUCCAGAGUUGUUGUGUUUGAUAAAAAGAAAAGACUACAAUGGAGCUUUUGAUUACUAUUCUGAAAUUGUCUUGAAAUCUCAUAACGAGCAAAUUGUUUUGAACGUGGUUUUGGACUUGCUCAACAGGAAUGAAGCCAAGAUCAUUAAUGAGAAGUUUUCCCAGGCAUUGCAAAUCAGUAAUCCCUUGAACAAGUUCUUAUCGGGCUUGGUGUGCUUAUACGACGACAAGCCUUCACAGUUCUUCACUGAGAUGGCAGAUUAUGAAGCAUUCAGAGCCAUUGAUACUGAAGAGACCAAACAACUCCUCUUGAGUGGUUUACACUCACACCAACAAUUGAAGUCAUUCUUGUCCUCGAUCUUCUCUAGACCUCUGGGUGAUAUUUUGGCGCACGCGAAUUACUUUCACGAACUUGCGCAAUUGUCAAAAUCUUUCUUCAAGCUUUCUGGCUCCGUCAUUGCCAAUCCUGACUCUCAACCAAAUUUCAUCAAAGAAUCUUUUAAAUUUGAAAAGAAAGCAGUGCAGAUUUUGAAUGAUGCCCCCAUCCAAGAUACUGGUGUGAUUGCACUCAAAACCCUCUUCCUCCGUAACUUGUUUGAAGAGUCUUUAGAAAUUCCUGACUUGAGCGAAUCUAUCAGCAGUUUGGAAAAGUUAUCGCCUUUGAUUUCGCAGGGAGAGUUGAAGACAUUUUUUACUAGUCUCGUGAAAACAUUGAUCUCAAAAAGGGAGAUAUCAAGGAUAUUUAAAUUCCGUGAAAAUGAGUUGUUUGUGAGACAUUAUCUUCUUGUGGAUGGCAUUUUGUUGGAGAUCGCUAAUAACGACCUAAUACUCUCGAAUGCUUUGAAAUGCUAUGAGUUUUUAUACUCUUGGAGACUCUUUGGCUCUUCUAAUAAUGGUUCGUCUGACUCUGGCGAUAAGAGGGGCGCGGUUGAAUCUCUCUAUAUCUUCAUCACAAGAUUUAGAUUGGAACAAGAGAAUCUUGUACUAGCCUCUGAAGAAUCUGAAGACUUCAAACAAUUCAAGUUGAAGGUUCUUGAGCUUUACAUGGUAAUCAUUAACUGCUUGAAAACCUUUGAAGAUACGGACGACAUGUGGUUCAUCAAAAGAGACACUUCGGAGAGGCUAGGUGUGAUCAAAUUGAAGGAAUUAACUAUUGAGUACUAUAAGUGGCUCAAGGAGCUUGAACGAGACUUGGGUAACAGCAUAGUUUAG